AAAGAUAGUCAGCCACAGCCACUGUACUAUAGAGCAUGGAGAGGGACACACUGGAUCUCGUAUCAGCUUGGGAUUGUAUCCAAUUCUAAAAUCUGGUCUGACAACAAACUGCCUUCUCAGCUCAACUAGUCCAGCAACAGAAUUCAACUGGUCUGGGAUGGAUUCGCUUCCAAAAUCCAGAGUCGAGCACUAAAAUUAAGCCAAAUCGCACAGCAGCAACUCUCCACUUCUUCAGUGAAAUGUGUGUGUUUUUUUUCUGACAUUGGGACAAUUCUACUCCGAAAGCUUUGAAGAGGACUAGUUGACAUUUGAGAGGGCUGUCAGCUAAUGCUGCCACAGUAGUUACCCUGGGACCAAUGCUGUUUCUAAUGCCUUUUCACAAUGAAAAAGCCAGGACGCCAUUAAAGCCUAAGAAAUCCUCACCUAGAACUGUGAACUGGACCAAAUGAAAGGUGAAAGAAGAUGGGGAGAGCUUGAGAUUUAUAUGGCUGUUUUGAUCACAGAAGUUUGCCUUACAUUUCAAAGACAAGGACCGAGUCGAACUCAGAUUGGCUAAAAAUGAUGACUAGCUCCAGACAACAUGGUCGAAAACUGGACAAAAUAUGACAAAUGAAGUCUAAUCCAAUCCAGGGUCGUCAUGGCUUGACGACCUAUGUUUGAGACCCAUGAAACGCGAUCUCAUGAGUUGCCCAAAGAAGCAUAUACACGAAUAAUGAAGCUCAAGCUAAAUCCAACUCCAGGAUUACAAAUUCACACAUUCAAGACUUGGUGCUCUGCAUCCACAGUGCUGAUUGUGACACUUGAGUGGUUGACUUCAUGAGUACAAGUGUGUUUUCCAUUGAUUAACCCUCGAUUGUUGCUCCUGGCCAUGAUGCAUCAAGCAGACAUCGUGCAGAGGUGACCGGAUAUUUCCGUUGUGGGGUCUGAAGCCUUGCGACCCCUGGUGUGUGUUAGUGUGCGUUCGCUGCACAGACAGUACAUGUGCGUAUGAAUGUGGAGGUGCUAUGCUGAGGGUGUCAGGUGUCGCACCAGCUCCGUCUGGCCACGAGUGGCGAUUUCAGUGUUCUGUUGGCGUGGACUGUAGCGACGCUGAGCCUCGCUGUAUCUGGCUGGCAGUUUUAAGGGGAGUUUCACCUCACACCUCACCCCGCCCAACCCCCAUCGCAUCACCAAGAAGGCGGGGCUCCCGGAGGGUCAUACAGCGCCAUCGCUUGUCCUGGGCUAAAGGACGGAGAGAUGGCAUGGUGUCGUCCAAUGAGAACAGGCGCAGGCCGCUGUCGUCGGGUGAGGUGGAGGGCCUGUCAUGGCAGGGCCCACGGACCAUUUUUGUCCUGAAGAACUCACAGGGAUUCGGCUUCACUCUGCGCCACUUCAUUGUCUACCCACCAGAGUCGUCCCUCCACAGCCUCAAGGAUGAAGAGAAUGGAAAUGCAACUGGAAAAGUCGGUCAGCAGUCUCGUUUGGAGCCAAUGGACACCAUCUUUGUGAAGAGUGUUAAAGAAAAUGGCCCCGCGCAACAAGCAGGACUGUGUACAGGGGACAGGCUGGUGAAGGUGAAUGGGGAGAGCAUUCUAGGAAAAACCUACUCUCAGGUGAUCGCACUCAUCCAAAACAGUGAAAACAUUCUGGAGCUCUCUAUUAUGCCCAAAGAUGAGGAUGUGUUGCAGUUGGCGUACUCCCAGGAUGCCUACCUGAAAGGCAAUCAGCCGUAUUCAGGCGAAGCCGAGAACCUCCCUGUGCCGCCGCCUCUCUGUUACCCUUCCACUAAGCCCAGCUCCGCUGCCCCACAGCCCGACCACAACCUCCACAGUCCCCUGGACAACUGGCAGUGCCGACCCGGCCCCGCUGCCUCUCCACUGGACAACCGCCCCCCUGCUGCUUCUACACCCACCUCCGGCUGGCCCGGGGGUCCUGAGGAUUCCAGUGGCCACUUUGCCCCGCCAGGGCGGCACCGAGGCCGCUCCUCUUCGGCCAUCAGUGUGCUGGACUUUCACUUUGCUAACCACAAUGCUGCCAUCACCUCUGCAACCCUCCCUCCGCCACGGAAGAGCAGCCUGCCAGCCUCUGCCCGCACUCACGCCGAUACUCUUUGCCACCAGGCUCUGUCGGACUGGUACUACAGCCAGGCGGAGGCUGCAGAGAGCAUGUCCCCCCGCCACCGCAGUAUAUCUCAGGAUUGUGUAGCGGAGCACGGGCUGGGGUUGGCCCUCGGCCCCGGACCUACACAUGCUUCCCCAACCGCCGCGGAGCACCGCCGAAGAGAAACCCUCCUGUGCCACCACCAGGCAGCUGCUGCUUCCCAUGAUUCCUAUUGGCUAGGGGGCUGGGGUGGUGUAUCAGGACCAGGAAGCAGGUCAUGCUCGGAGAGCCUCCUGGCAGCCUACGCCGAGUACGAGCAUAACUACGGGCGUUCUGUGGAGACACUGGCACAAGCCUCUGCACUGGUGUCGCCACGCCAUGAACACUCGUCACAAGGCGCCCAGAUGGAAAAAUUCAGAGAGCAAAAAGAGCAGAAGGUCUCAGCAGGGCAUCAGCACAAAACCACGGUGAUAUACCCCAUCACAGCCUCCUCCACAGUGCCUCCCAGUGGCAGGCGGUCCGGUCAGCAGGUAGCUGAACCCCAAACAAGGCGGGUAAAAGAAGAAGAGCUGGUGGGCUACAAAAGCUACAGCCCGUCUUUCUCCCGCAAAGCUGGCCACCUCCUCCAGCAGGCCCACUCCUUCAGAGAGCCCAACUACAGCGGCCCUCACCUCAACUGGAGCCCUGGCAGCAGAAGCAGCCCUGCAGACGACGAGGGGGGGUUGGUACCCAGGCCACGGUCUACCCCCGCCCUGUCUGCGGCAGAGGAGGAGAGAGCUCGACUGGGUGAGGAGAGGGAGCUCCUCUGCCCCAUCUCCCUGAAUCAAGAGGUGGUGCUGAGGCAGAAGCCGCCUUCCGGCCGCCGGACACCCAUUCAGGCCGCUCGACAUCCCCACUACCACACCCCUGGAGAGUCACCCGAGCCCCCUGGUUUGGAACCUCCACGAGGGACCCCCUCUCCUGUCUCUGGAGGGCCCGGCCCCAACCGCAGGGCUAAUGGUAGCCUGGCUCAGCAUGCAUACAACUCCCUGUCCUCUAUUCCCUUCAUAGAUGAUCCCACCAGUCCUAGCAUUGACCUGCAGGCCAGCUAUGUACCAGCCCGCUCUGUUGUGUCCAGUUCCCAGGCCUCCACUAUGGCCACCCUCACUUCUACCUCUGUCUCCCCCACCCUCUCCUCAAUCUCCCCCUUUGUCCGACUUCGUUCUCAGGACUGCAGCAGUAUUAAAGGUCGCCGCUCCUCUUACUUGCUGGCCAUCACCACCGAAAGAUCUAAGUCCUGUGACGAGGGCCUCAACACCUUCAGGGAAGAAGGCCGUGUCUUCUCCAAACUACCAAAAAGGGUCAAGAGCUUUUUCACUGAUGGGUCUCUGGAGAGCCUGCGAGCCCAGGAGGAAGCCCGGUCCAAACGCCACUCUACUUCUGAACUGGGAACCAUCACCUUUAGUGAUGUUCGCAAGGAGGGCUGGCUGCACUACAAACAGAUCCUCACAGAGAAGGGAAAGAAAGUAGGCGGCGGCAUGCGACCAUGGAAGCGCGUCUUCUCCGUGCUCCGUUCCCAUUCGCUCUUCCUCUACAAGGACAAGCGAGAGGCCGUCCUUCAUGGGGCGGGGGCGGGGCCCAGCCAGGACGAACAUCCUCCAAUCAGCAUCCACGGCUGCCUGAUCGACAUCGCCUACAGUGAAACCAAGCGUAAGCACACCCUGCGGCUGACCACGCAGAACUUCUGUGAGUACCUGCUGCAGGCCGAGGACAGGGACGACAUGCUGGCCUGGAUCCGGGUCAUCAGGGAGAACAGCAAGACCGACAACGAGGAGAUUGGUUUCUCCGGACAAGCUCUCAUCAACAAGAAGCUGAAUGACUACAGAAAACACAGUCUGACGGGUGGUAAGCCAGACUCCUCUCCCAGAGCCCAUCGUAUGAUGCCUCCCUUCCUCCUGGCUAAGACUGACAACACCUCAGUGAACCGAGCCUCCAGAACUGAUGACAACAAGGCGCUGUGGGGCAUCAACAUCAUGAAGAAGGCCAAGAAGACAGGCAGUCCGAAGGCUUUCGGUGUGCGCCUGGAGGACUGUCAGCCUGCUGUGAAUCAUAAAUUUGUCCCUCUGAUUGUGGAGAUGUGCUGCGGUGUGGUGGAGGAGACGGGUCUGGAUUACACCGGUAUCUACCGCGUGCCGGGGAACAACGCCAUGGUGUCCAAUCUGCAGGAGCAUCUCAACAAGGGCAUGGACAUCAACACCGCUGAGGAGAGAUGGCAGGACCUAAAUGUAAUCAGCAGCCUUCUCAAAUCGUUCUUCCGAAAACUGCCUGAGCCGCUGUUUACUGAUGACAAGUACAACGAUUUCAUUGAUGCCAACCGAAUAGAAGAUGCAGAGGACAGACUGAAGACCAUGAAGAAACUGAUCCAUGACCUCCCAGAUCACUAUUAUCACACCCUUAAGUUCCUAGUGGGUCACCUCAAGAAAGUGGCAGAUCACGCUGAAAAGAACAAGAUGGAGCCGAGAAACCUGGCUCUGGUGUUUGGUCCUACUCUGGUGAGGACGUCCGAGGACAAUAUGACCGACAUGGUCACCCACAUGCCUGACCGCUAUAAAAUAGUGGAGACUCUUCUCCUGCACCAUGACUGGUUCUUCACGAAUGGAGCGCUUGAUAAAGAAGAGAAGGCCCCAGAGGAUAAGCGGGACAUGCAGCCUGUGCCAAACAUUGACCAUCUGCUGUGCAACAUCGGCAGGCCGGGCAUGCCAGGAGAGGCAUCAGAUUCCACCACCAGCGAUUCACUUAAGACAAAGCUUUCUUCGCUCUCCAAGAAGGACCUGAAUGCCAGGGACUUCCUGCCCAAGUCCAUCAUCUCUGCUGUGACCCGCAAACGUAAAAAAUGCCUCAGUACCGACCUGCAGAGCGGCAGCGCUGACGAGGACUCAGAGCAUGAGCCAGUCAAAACCAGCAACUACGGGGGAGGAGGGGAAGGGGAGGAGGAAGAGGAUAGAAGAGAGGAAGAGGCAGUCAAGGGAGAACAUACCAUUCCUAAAAAAGAAAAAAGGGAUGAAAAGGAAACUGGGGUGAAAGCUAGAGAGACCACAGAGGAGAAAGAUGUAUUGUCUGGAGAGGAAGAGGCUGAAAAGGACAUGGGAAACGUAACAGACAACGGUGCAAAGAAAUUUGAGAAGGGCAACAGGCGGAGAACAACCUUGCCGAGAAACGCACCGCAACUUUGUCCUAACAGUUUCCUCUGCUCAGACCAUCAGAUCCAUGCCACAUACCCGAGACCCCCAACAGUGUCUAAUCCUCCUUCCCAUUUGAGGCCUCACAAUCAGGCCAGAGGACACCCCACAGUCCCUUUCUGGAUCUGCCCCACCAGGCUUCCAAACCUUUACCAUCAGCCAGACUGGAACCAGUCGGUGCCAGUCCGCUACAGGAAGACAAGAGGUGGGAGGACAAGGGCUGUUUCCAUGAAUCUAGACCUUGAGCUAUGCAGGAGUGAGGACAAAAUCCGAGGAUGUAGAGCAGAGAGGGUGGAGAUGAUCAGAGUCAUUGAGGGUGCACCAGGUCAGCAUGGCUGUGUUGGGGUUCCUCAGGGAUCAAUUGUGGGUCCUGGGUCAAUUGAGCAAAAAGAUCCCGUCCCUCAUCUUGUCCAGGAGUCUCCCCCUCUCUCCUCCUCUUCCUCGGGAUGGAUAGAUCAAAGCUCCUUGGGAUCUCAGGCUGUGGUCCUGAGGAGAUCGGCCCUAGGCCCACGGGACAAGACCAGAGCGUGGCGUCGUCACACGGUGGUUGUUUAACCUGACGGUCUCAUCUACUAAUGCAGUACCAAGUACUUGCCCUUUACUCAAAAACACUGGAUCACCUGCUUCUAAAGCCAAGUGUCCGUCAUAUUGCUCAAUACUCUUUCUUUAAUACUUUGGCACGGAAUUUGGAGACAAUUAUUUGCCAUUGUGUGCAGCUGUAGAGUUUCAUUCCAAAAUGAGAUAACGUCCAUUUGAUAAUAAAAAAAAAGAAAAGCUUACUCAGAAAUUAAUAUAGAAAUUAUACUAUUCAACUACUUUUGAAGCUAUUUAUUUUUAACCCUUUACUUAUCAUCUUUAAUCCUUUACUUACUUACCAAACACACACACACACACACUGAACAUGGCAAAUUGAGAUCCUGCUAUUUCCAGGAAAUUCUCAGCAAAAUCUGAUCACGUUUCUCAGGUAAAACACCUGUGGGAUCCUGUGAUCUACGCUUCCACACACCUGUUGUAGAUAUAGUCGGACCUUGAACUGCCGUUAUUAUGGCACAGUCACACCAGAAAGUGGCGCGGUGAAGUUAAGCCGUGAGUGCUUGUGAAAUAAGUGGUGCUACAAGCUUGGUGAGAUAGUCUGUAUUGGCAAGGGUAGCUGGCAAGCUAACAAGCUAACAUGCAACCCAGUCGGGAAGAUAGAUCUCUGAGCUAGGUAGCAUGCUAAAUGACAGUUGACAGGACAAUAAGUUUACACAGUAUGUGGAGCAUUUUACUCCUGAAUCAAAGUGAUCACACAGCUAAUAAACUACAGUAGAUUCCACUGUUCUUCAAAAUUCAAGUAUUAAAGUUUCAGUUUAUUUCACCCCAACAAGCGAAUCCACUAAUCACGACAAUUACAAUUACCAUUAAAAUUAAUUGAUUUUGCGGCCAUUUUAAAUGCUGAUAUGACCAGGCCUUUACAGCAAUAUAACUGGAUACACUUUUCACCUGGAAGGGUUUCAUCCAAUAACCUUUCAUGCUAAUAUGACAAUGCAGUGUGUAUUCAGCUUAGUGGCAAAAUAUGCUUUUAGAUUAAGAGAACAAAGUAGAGUGCAAAAUCUGUAAAUGAUACCAAUAUCAAAAAAGAGAAGUAGGGUCAAUUUCAGAGCAGUGUUCAAAAGGCUUUGAAUGCAGAAGAUGAUCCUAAACUAAACUAAACAGUGCUCCCGUUCCUUAAACCACCAAAACAACAUGCUGAAAUGGCAAAAAAGUUAUGGCAAGAAAUCCUGGGCUUUUAUAACAACAGGAAAACCUUUCAACCUAACAAACAUUUAACCAUGUGAUUAUAGCAUCUUUUUAAAAGAUUCUGAUGAAGUUGUUUGUUGAAAAUUGGUGUAGUCAAUGUGCUAGUCUUAAAACAACUACUAGGUGGUACCAAAGUAAGGACUUUCUAAAUCCUACACAUUGCGUGCGUUCCAUUUGUGCUAAGAAUUUGGAAUUUCCGAGUUCCAAGUCAGGAAUUUCAAAUUCAACUCUGAAAGUCACACAGUAACCUGAGCAAAGCCGACCACAAAAUCCAACACGGUGAAACAGUAGUAGUAGUGAACAGUAGUGGAAGCUGUAGUAAUCAGGACUUAACGUUCACUUUUUUGAUCACCUUGGCUAGUAGAUUUUUAAGUUACCAGCCAAUCAGAUUUUCCACUAGCCAAAUGUUUGUUUGUUUCUUCCUAACUAACUAUACUUUUAUUUCAGCUCCUUUGGUAUGUUUCGCGCUGUUCAGUUCGUCUUCUUCCUUUCAGCGUAGCUCGUAAUCGACACCACGCGCUAGCCACCUAGCCAAUGGUUGUAUAACCCUUUACAACAUAGCGCUCAUGGGAAAUGUAGGAUUAGUACUACAAGCAGUGUUGCCAGAUAAAGAUUACGUUUCCAAGCCAAACACACAAAACCGCCCACAUUUUUUGGCGGAAAACAACUUAACAAUGGUAAGUUAGUUUUUACCCGCGUUUUGUGGGUUGGCGGGUGUCAAUUUAAAGCCCUGGUAGUAAUAUCUGUUACAGUUGAAUACCACUUCUGUCUUAUUUGUGUCUCAAUAAAUCAGCCGUACACUCAGUCCUGUCCAUCUUCUGUCUGUGGGCAUGUUGCCACAGUGUUAUUUGCACAAAAUACAGCGUGAUGCCAUGUUAUUAACUGGUAUUGCUAACAAUGGCUAACCUGGCUAGAGCUAACACUUAACGACUUCUUGUACUGGAAGGCGAUCAACUCGGGUGUGACGUCAUUCCCAGCUCCGGCGUCCGAGGUUAAUGGAACGCAGCAACAGUAGGGGCUUUAACACAUAUAUAUAUAUUUACCAGUCGAGAUGGCGAUGCUGGUACUGUUUUCACCCUGUGUAUGUCAUCAUGGCAAAAUGUGGUCCUGGAGAAACCUAUCAUGGCCGUAGCUACCACAUAGGCGGUUUUGAGUACUUUGCCAAGUAUUUACAUGUCUUGUCUGUGGACAGAUUUAGUCACCGCGAUAGCAUCAAAAAUGUUACAGGUGUGUACAAGGCCGAGGACGUACUGUAGAUGUAGGGGGUUAGGGUUAGACCAUCACAAGAUGGUCUCUAGUUCUAAAAAGUUUUUUUUGGAAUGAAACCCUUAAAUUGUAAAUUUAAAAAAAACACGCUGACUUAUUGGGACUUUGUCUUAUUCACCGUAUCCCCCAGAGU